AUGUGGCCUGCUGAAGAAGAGCCUCAUUGUCUAAUGGGCUAUAGUGAAGUGAAGAGAAGCUUGACUUCCCCUGUUGCUGUGGGUGCUGUUGCUGCUGCUGAGAUCAUAAGACUAAAAAGGAUUUUGAGAGAAUGGGACUGGGAUUUGGCAGUGGCGUUGAAGAAUUUCGAACUCGAAGGCGCACGAGAAGAAAUGGAGUCGAUGACGCCGUCCACGUCGCACGAGCACCUCAACUGGUGGCAUCAAUACGGUCAGAAGCUUUAUCCCCUGUCAACUACUGGUGAUGGUAAUUGCCUCCUGCAUGCGGCAUCAUUAGGUAUGUGGGGUUUGCAUGACCGUCAAUUGACGCUUCGUGAAGCCCUCUAUGAGAUGCUGAAACGCGGCUCAAGACGUAGUGCCCUAUGGCGUCGUUGGAAAUGGGCCGAACAUCAUGCAAAUCAGGCUAGCGGUCUUAGUUUGACCCUAUCAGACGAGGAAUGGAUGCAAGAAUGGAAUGGUAUAGUGGCGUUAGCGUCUCCGGUGUUACGAAACGCGAAAGGUGAAGAAUUGUCACCGGUAUCGUUUGGUGGGAUUUACUUACCGCUGGAAUGUCCUUCGGAUCAGUGUCAUAGGUAA